AGACAGCUCGGCGGUUAAGAGCACUGGCUGCUCUUGCAGAGGACCUGGGUUCAAUUCCCAGCACCUACAUGGCAGUUCACAACUGUCUGUAACUCCAGUUCCCUGGGAUCUGACAUCUUCACACCAAUGCACAUAAAAUAAAGAAGUAAAUGAUUUUUUAAAAGGCUGUGUGGGUUCUAGAUUUAAAAAAAAAAAAGACUUGCUUAUUUUUAUUUCAAGUGUAUGACAGUUUUGCCUUCAUACAUGUAUGUACACCAUGAGCAGUGACCCUAGAGACCAGAAAAAGGCAUCAGUGCCCCCUGGAACUGCAGGUACAGAUGGUUUUGAGCUACCAUGUGGGUGCUGGAACUGAACCUGGGUCCUCUGCAACUGGUAUUUUUAUACCCUACCUUCUUAUCCUUAGAACCUGAAAAAAAAAUUUUUUUUUUUGAGACAGGGUUUCUCUGUGUAGCUUUGGAGCCUUUCCUGGAUCUCACUCUGUAGCCCAGGCUGACCUGGAACUCACAGAGAUCUGCCUGCCUCUGCCUCCCGAGUGCUGGGAUUAAAGGCAUGCACCACCACCGCCCAGCAGAACUUGAUUUUUAAAGGCAAAAAAGGGGGGGGAGAGAUUCCAUGUGGAAUUUUUCACAGAAAGACCUAAAAAACUUUUAGGUCUGAUCUACUACUAGGUCCCAAUAGGAUCCUGGCCCUAGUCAUGCAAAGGAACGGACAUGUAGGUACAGCACUGGUGCAGCUCUUAGAGCCGCAGACAAAGCAUCACCACAGCUGGAAGCUGCCGCCGGCCACAUCAGUGACAGUAGAAGCAACUUACCCAGCUAAGGGUGGAGUUGAAGGCCUCGUGGCCUAACCUCCUGAGAGGGUGAGCCAGCAUCCAGCGCUGCAAAGGCAGCACACACACUUACAACCGCACCACGUGGUGUCUGCCAACCCCAUCACCAGUGCCAUGCAGGCUGUGCUGAGAUCUUUUGAGCCACUGAGUCUCCCCUAAUAAUUGAACCAACAGUCAAACUGGAAAAGGUACUGGAAGGGAUGCCACCCAUACCUGUAAACCCCUGGUACAAGCAAGAUGAUGGGCCAGCUAAGGUCACCAGCCAGAAAUGGUAGCUACAGCAGUACAAUGAACACAGAUGCCAAGUGGCUAGAGAGAGGAAGGGGAGGAGUAGCCAGGGGGCCGAGUUCAGAGUAAUGUGGAUGAAACUCGCCCUUCAGCUGUCUUCAGAGGCUUGACUGUAGAGGGCCCAACGGGACGGGGGGAACUGGUGGGAGCUGGACAGGCAGAGAAAAGAGCAGCUUUGGAAAUAUAUAACACAGUUAAAUCUAUAUAGUAUAUAAAUAUAUAAUUGUAUAUGUUCAAAUACAGUCAAUAUAUAAGAUAUGCACAGUUAAUAUAUAACACAGAAGCAGCUCUCCUUGUGGUUUCCUAUGUAACAGACCACAGGCUCCAAACUGUCACAUGCAAUCUUCAGUCCCCUGACACAGAACUGUUCGUUCUGUACCCUCAAUGCCCAGGUCUCCCUGGACCAGGGUGUUCUGAGAGAAGGCUUUUCUGGAGACAAGAUAAAAUUGUUUGUAUGCACCUGCUUGGGUGUGCGGGUGACUGGGUGUGCAGGUGUGGAGGUCGGAGGUGUCCAUAGCUCACUACCUGUUUUUGAGAUAGUCUUAUACUGAGCCUGAAUCUGGUUGUUUUGGCUAGACUGGCUGGCCAGCAAGGCCAGGGAUCCACCUGUCUCCAUCUCCUCAGGGCUGCAGUCACAGGUGCCCAUUGCCACUGUACUUGAUAGCUUUUACUUGGACAUUGGGGAUUUGACCCUGGGUCCUCAUGCUUGCAUAGAAGUACUUUACCCACUGAACCAUCCCCCAGUCUCAAACUCUACAAAACCUUGGAACAGAGUAUUUCCAUAGAAUUCUCUGGUUUGUACUGAAACCACAAAAGAAGUCUCCUUUAAUGGUUCCCAAGAGGGAGUCAUCCCCAUUUUAUAUAGAGAGAAAAUGAAUGACCUGGGUUCAAACCGGCACUCUGCCUCUUCUAAACGACUCCACCCACGACUCAUCUUGGUGGCCCUGCCCCAGGCCUUGCUGACCUGUGGUCUUGCCCCUAGGCAAGGUGGGAGAUGCCGGCCACCUGCGCCUUUCCCAGCCUGAGGACUCCCAGGUGGGUGGGGCUGGGCGCUGGGAUUGGCUUACAGGCCUGGUAAAGGCAAGAGGUUGACGGAGGCAGGCGGGACGAUUGGCAGAGCCCUGCAGCGGCCACCAUCACGUUUGCCAGGCCCAGUACCCUGCGAGCUGGGGCUGCUUGGUGACCCACUUCUGGGUUCCCUGCACAACCAUGGACCCCGGUAGCCAGAGCUGCGCACUCUCCUCGCUCUAUGUGGGCGAUCUGCACCCCGACGUGACUGAAGCGAUGCUCUACGAGAUGUUCUCCCCCAUCGGCAGUAUUCUGUCCAUUCGCGUGUGUCGGGACGUGGCCACCCGGCGCUCGCUGGGCUAUGCCUACAUCAACUUCCAGCAGCCUGCUGAUGCGGAACGGGCACUGGACACAAUGAACUUUGAGAUGAUCAAAGGCCAGCCCAUCCGUAUCAUGUGGUCCCACCGAGACCCAGGGCUUCGCAAGUCUGGUAUGGGCAACAUCUUUAUCAAAAACUUGGAGAAUUCUAUUGACAACAAGGCUCUCUAUGACACCUUCUCCACCUUCGGGAGCAUUCUCUCUUCUAAGGUAGUGUAUAAUGAACAUGGAUCACGGGGCUUCGGCUUUGUGCAUUUUGAGACCCAUGAGGCUGCCCAGAAGGCCAUCAACACCAUGAACGGCAUGUUGCUGAAUGACCGAAAAGUUUUUGUAGGCCACUUCAAGUCUCGACAGAAGCGGGAGGCAGAGCUGGGCGCUCGGGCCCUGGGGUUCACCAACAUCUACGUGAAGAACCUGCAUGUGGACAUGGAUGAGCAGGGCCUCCAGGACCUCUUCUCCCAGUUUGGAAAGAUGCAGAGUGUGAAAGUGAUGAGAGACAGUAAUGGCCAGUCCCGGGGCUUCGGCUUUGUCAAUUUUGAGAAGCAUGAGGAAGCCCAGAAGGCCGUGGACCACAUGAAUGGAAAGGAUGUGAAUGGGCAGCAGCUGUACGUGGGUCGGGCCCAGAAGCGGGCAGAGCGGCAGAGCGAGCUGAAGCGCAGGUUUGAGCAGAUGAAGCAGGAGAGGCAGAACCGCUAUCAGGGUGUGAACCUUUACGUGAAGAACCUGGAUGACUCCAUCAAUGACGAGAGGUUGAAGGAAGUUUUCUCUGCCUACGGAGUGAUCACCAGUGCCAAGGUGAUGACAGAAAGUAGCCACAGCAAGGGGUUUGGCUUUGUCUGCUUUUCCUCUCCAGAAGAGGCAACAAAGGCUGUGACGGAGAUGAAUGGGCGCAUCGUGGGUACUAAGCCUCUGUAUGUGGCCCUGGCACAGCGCAAGGAGGAGCGGAAGGCCAUCUUGACCAACCAGUACAGGCAGUCCCUCUCUCGUCCGGUCUUGAGCUCCUUCCAGCAGCCCACCAGCUACUUACUGCCUGCUGUAUCCCAGUCCACAGCACAGGCUAUAUACUAUGGUUCUGGCUCCAUGACUCCAAUGCAACCUGACCCCAGGUGGACAGCCCAGCCACACGGACCUUCGUCCACCUGCCCUCCAGCUGCCUCAGUGGUCCAACCACUAAGCACGAUGCAACACACAUGUUUUCACCUCAGCAGUUCCAGUCAGGCCUCCAGUCACCUGCCUCACACGCAGAGAGUAGUCAACAUUGGUACUCAGACUACAGGACCAGGAGGGGAGGGACGCUCUAUUCUAGGCCAGCCUCUCCUGACACAUAGAGGAUCUUCAGCUGUACACAGUGCCCAUGGGGUCCAGGAGUCAGCUGUGUAUGUCCCUGGCCAUCAACCUCUGACUGUGUCCAUGCUGGCUGCCGCGCCCCUGCAUGAGCAGAAACAAAUGAUUGGGGAGCGUCUCUACUCCCUCAUCCACGACACCUGCGCCCCACUGACUGCCAAGAUCACAGGCAUGCUGCUGGAGAUGGACAACCUGGAGCUUCUGUUUUUGCUGGAGUCCCCAGAGUCCCUCCAUGCCAAGAUCGAAGAGGCGCUGGCUGUGUUGCGGGUGCACCAGGAAAUGGAGUCUGUGGAAGGCAACAGGACCUGAAAACAGUGGGUGGCUGGGGGUGGGAGGACCCACGACAGAACAGCUGAGCUGUUCUCAGAAGACCCUGGAGAGAUCCCAGCGGAGGCUGACAUUUAAGAACUCACUGUGAUGUGCUGGUGGCUUUGUCUGAAGCACGAAGGAGUUUGGUGAGGCUGAAUGAGUCAUAGGAGACACACAGAGAGGCUGGAGUGUUCCCAUGUCAGCGGCCCUGCCAGGCCUCAGGGUUUACUGCCUGGCUCCACUCUGCUCAUCUGAAGGCCUGGUCUGCUGUGAGUCAGUCCAUCUUCUUAAGACGGGGUGUCCUACAUACUUUAGGAACAUUUUUUCCCCUUCCCCCACUGAAAAUGGAACCCUCCCUCCCUCGAGUACAGCAUUUCUGCUUUUGGUUCUAAGGUCCUGUGAACUCUAACUUAUUUCCUGAUCGGCCUCUCUGUUCUUGAGCUAUAGAUGUGUAAUGAAGGCUGGACACACAGUCCAUUGCUAAUCUUUUUCCUUUGUAUA